GCGGAGGGGGCCGUUCGCCAGCUCCGAGGCAGAAAGUGCCACGACUCCACACGCGCGCACGCAGCCAGCGGGCGGCCGGAGCGGACGGCGGACGGGGCGGGCAGCGUCGGGGUCGCGGCGUCUGCAGCGGCGGCUGGCUGGUCUCUCGCGGUUCCGGGGCGGCGGCGGCUCCUGCCCUCUCUCUCGCUGCGUCUCCGGCUGCAGGUGAAAAGCAAGCCAGCCAAGAUGGAUAUCUACGACACACAGACCUUGGGCGUUGUGGUCUUCGGUGGCUUCAUGGUGGUGUCUGCCAUUGGCAUCUUCCUGGUGUCCACUUUCUCUAUGAAGGAGACAUCAUAUGAAGAGGCCCUCGCCAACCAGCGCAAGGAGAUGGCGAAAACCUACUACCAGAAAGUAGAGAAGAAAAAGAAGGAGAAAACUGUGGAGAAGAAAGGAAAGACCAAGAAAAAGGACGAGAAACCAAAUGGGAAGAUUCCUGAACAUGACCUGGGCCCCAAUGUCACUGUGCUUCUCAAAGAACCAACACGUACUCCUGCCAUGGCUGUGGCCCCAACCCCCAUCCAGGCCCCACUGGUCUUCACCCCUGUGGCUGCAGUACCAGCCAUGCCCCAAGAGAAGCUGGCCUCCUCCCCAAAGGACAAAAAGAAGAAGGAGAAAAAGGUGGCCAAGGUGGAACCAGCAGUCAGCUCUGUAGUGAAUUCCAUCCAGGUUCUUGCCUCAAAGUCUGCCAUCUUGGAAGCCACCCCUAAGGAGGUGCCAAUGGUGGCUGUGCCCCCAGUGGGAGCCAAGACGAGUGCUCCAGCCAUCAGCAUGUCUCAGGGCAAGAAGGCUGAAGGGGCCCAGAACCAGGGCAGGAAGGGGGAGGGAACCCCAACCCAAGGCAAGAAGGGGGAAGGGAACCAGAACCAGGGAAAGAAAGGGGAGGAGAACCAGAACCAGGCCAAGAAGGGGGAGGGGAACCAGAACCAGGCUAAGAAGGGGGAGGGGAACCAGAACCAGGGAAAGAAAGGAGAGGUAAACCAGAACCAGGCCAAGAAGGGGGAGGGAAACCAGAACCAGGCUAAGAAGGGAGAGGGGAGCCAGAACCAGGCCAAGAAGGGCGAGGGGAACCAGAACCAGGCUAAGAAGGGGGAGGGGAACCAGAACCAGGGAAAGAAGGGGGAGGGGAACCAGAACCAGGCCAAAAAGGGGGAGGGGAACCAGAACCAAGGAAAGAAGGGGGAAACAAACCAGAGCCAAUCCAAGAAAGGGGAGGGGAACCAGAACCAGGCCAAGAAGGGGGAAGGGAACCAGAACCAGGGUAAGAAGGGAGAGGGGAACCAGAACCAGGGAAAGAAAGGAGAGGUGAACCAGAAUCAGGCCAAGAAGGGGGAGGGGAACCAGAACCAGGCUAAGAAGGGAGAGGGGAACCAGAACCAGGCUAAGAAGGGGGAGGGGAGCCAGAACCAAGCCAAGAAGGGGGAGGAGAACCAGAACCAGGGAAAGAAGGGCGAGGGGAACCAGAACCAAGCCAAGAAGGGGGAGGGGAACCAGAACCAGGGAAAGAAGGGAGAGGGGAACCAGAACCAGGGAAAGAAAGGGGAGGGGAACCAGAACCAGGCUAAGAAGGGGGAGGGGAACCAGAACCAGGCCAAGAAAGGAGAGGUGAACCAGAACCAGGCCAAGAAGGGGGAUGGGAACCAGAACCAGGGAAAGAAGGGGGAGGGGAACCAGAACCAGGGCAAGAAGGGGGAGGGGAACCAGAACCAGGCCAAAAAGGGGGAAGGGAACCAGAACCAGGCUAAGAAGGGGGAAGGGAACCAGAACCAGGCUAGGAAGGGAGAGGAGAACCAGAACCAGGCUAAGAAAGGAGAGGGGAACCAGGCUAAGAAGGGGGAGGGGAACCAGAACCAGGCUAAGAAGGGGGAAGGGAACCAGAACCAGGCUAAGAAGGGGGAGGGGAACCAGAACCAGGUGAAGAAGGGGGAAGGGAACCAGAACCAGGCUAAGAAGGGGGAGGGGAACCAGAACCAAGCUAAAAAGGGGGAGGGGAACCAGAACCAGGCUAAGAAGGGGGAGGGGAACCAGAACCAGGGAAAGAAGGGGGAGGGGAACCAGAACCAGGGAAAGAAGGGGGAGGGGAACCAGAACCAGGCUAAGAAGGGGGAGGGGAACCAGAACCAGGCCAAGAAAGGGGAGGACAACCAGAACCAGGCUAAGAAGGAAGGGAGCCAGAACCAGGGAAAGAAGGGAGAGGGGAACCAGAACCAGGCCAAGAAGGGAGAGGGGAACCAGAACCAGGGAAAGAAGGGAGAGGGGAAUCAGAACCAGGCCAAGAAGGGGGAGGGCAACCAGAACCAGGCUAAGAAGGGGGAGGGAAACCAGAACCAGGGCAAUAAGGGGGAGGGGAACCAGAACCAGGGAAAAAAGGGGGAUGGGAACCAGAACCAGGGAAAGAAGGGAGAGGGGAACCAGAACCAGAACAAAAAAGUAGAGGGUACCCCAAACCAAGGCAAGAAGACAGAGGGAGCCCCAAACCAGAACAAAAAAGGAGAGGGUGCCCAGAACCAGGGCAAAAAGGGGGAAGGAACUCCUAACCAAGGCAGAAAGGCAGAGGGGAGCCCCAACCAGGGUAAAAAGGGAGAGGGAACCCCCAACCAGGGCAAAAAGGCUGAUGGAGCGGCCAGUCAGAAUAAGAAGCCAGAGACAGCUCCUGUCCAGGGUAAGAGUGAAACUACAAUUCAAAGCCAGGAAGCACACAAGCAGGAGGCUCCUUCAAAGAAGAAGUCUGGUUCCAAGAAAAAGGGUGAGUCUGGGCCCCCUGAUGCAGAUAGCCCUCUCUACCUGCCCUACAAGUCGUUGGUCUCCAUGGUUGGAAGCAUGGCAUUCAAUGAGGGUGAGGCCCAGCGGCUCAUCGAGAUCCUGUCGGAGAAGGCGGGCAUCCUCCAGGACACCUGGCAUAAGGCCACUCAGAAGGGCGACCCUGUGGCAAUCCUGAAACGCCAGCUGGAAGAGAAGGAAAAGCUGCUGGCCACGGAGCAAGAGGAUGCAGCAGUGGCCAAGAGCAAACUGAGGGAACUCAACAAGGAGAUGGCUGCAGAGAAGGCCAAGGCUGCAGCUGGGGAGGCCAAAGUGAAGAAGCAGCUGGUGGCGAGGGAACAGGAAAUCACGGCUGUGCAGGCGCGCAUGCAGGCCAGCUACCGAGAGCACGUGAAGGAGGUGCAGCAGCUGCAGGGCAAGAUCCGGACGCUGCAGGAGCAGCUGGAGAACGGCCCCAACACCCAGCUGGCCCGCCUGCAGCAGGAGAACUCUAUCCUGCGGGAUGCCCUGAACCAGGCCACCAGUCAGGUGGAGAGCAAGCAGAAUGCAGAGCUGGCAAAGCUGCGGCAGGAGCUGGGAAAGGCCAGCAAGGAGCUGCUGGAGAAGGCAGAGGUGUCCCGGCAGGAGGAGCAGCAACGCAAGGCUCUGGAAGCCAAGGCAGCUGCCUUUGAGAAGCAGAUGCUGCAGUUGCAGGUGUCCCACAAGGAGAGUGAGGAGGCCCUGCAGAAGCGCCUGGAUGAGCUCAGCCGGGAGCUGUGCCGUACUCAGAGCAGCCACGCCAGCCUGCGGGCUGACGCCGAGAAGGCCCAGGAGCAGCAGCAGCGGGCGGCAGAGCUGCGCGGCCAGCUGCAGGCCUCUGAGGCGGAGGUGAAGAGCAAGUGUGAGGAGCUGCGGGGGCUGCACAGCCAGCUCCAGGAGGCCCAUGCAGAAAACGCCCAGCUGGCCGAGCGCAUGCGCACCAUUGAGGCCCUGCUGGAGGCGGGCCAGGCCCGGGAUGCUCAGGUCAGCCGAGCCGAGGCCGAGCAGCAGCAGACGCAUCUCAAGGAGCUGGAGUUGCAGGUGUCGCAUCUGGAGAAGGAGGCCACCGAGCUCCGGGAGGCCAUGGAGCAGCAGAAAGGGAAGAAUAACGACCUCCGGGAGAAGAACUGGAAGGCCAUGGAGGCACUGGCCUUUGCCGAGAGGACCUGCGCUGAGAAGCUGCAGACGCUGACACAGGCCAAGGAGGACUCUGAGAAGCAGCUGCACCUGGUGAAGGCGCAGACCAAGGAGGCCCUACAGGCGCUGCUCCCUGAGCUCUCCAUCUCAGCACAUCAGAGCUAUGCCGAGUGGCUUCAGGAGCUCAGAGAAAGAGGCCCUGAGCUGCUGAAGACCUUGUCAGCCACCUCAGAGCCCCCUCAGGACGUGGUCUCCAAGCUGCGGGAGGCUGAGGAGGCCCAGAGCAGCCUGCAGACUGAGUGUGACCAGUACCGCUCCAUCCUGGCUGAAACGGAGGGCAUGCUCAAGGACCUGCAGAAGAGUGUGGAGGAGGAGGAGCAGGUGUGGAAGGCCAAGGUGGGCGCCAAGGAGGAGGAGCUGCAUAAGUCACGGCUAACAGUGAAGCAACUUGAAGACACCAUAGAAAAGCUCAAAGGAGAACUUGAAAGUUCAGAUCAGGUGCGGAAGCACACCUCGCACCUGGAGGCCGAGCUGGAGAAGCACAUGGCUACCGCCAGUGCUGAGUGUCAGAGCUACGCCAAGGAGGUGGCAGGGCUGAGGCAGCUGCUGUUAGAUUCUCAGUCUCAGCUGGAUGCCACGAAGGGUGAGGCCCAGAAGCAGAGCCAGGAGCUCGCCUUGGUCAGACGGCAGUUGAGUGAGAUGAAGAGCCGCGUGUCGGAUGGUGACGUGGCUGGGUCCCCAGGAGUUUCCUCAGCUGGGCAAGAUGCUGUGAAGCUGCAAGCACAGCUGGAACAGACAGAGCUCGCCCUGGAGGAGGAGCAGGUGCAGAGGCGGAAGCUCUUGGCUGAGUUGGAGGAGUUACGGAACACGGCGAGCCGGCUACAGGAAGAGCUGGAGACGCUGCGCUCCACUGGCCCGCUGUCAUCUGUGGGCACUGAGGAAGUUGCACAGCUCAAGGACGAUGGCAGCGGCCUGAAGGAGGGCACCUCUGUCUGAGCCUCCGCAGAGAAGUUACUGUUCCUCUUACCAAAAUGCCUUACACAUUCCUCACAAAUGAACCAACGACACAGCGUUCGUGAAUCAGGCCCAACUUCCAGAAGCUCCGAGAGAAGCCGUCGGAGAUGAUCAUCUUCCAGACCCCGCUGCACAAAACCCUGUCACAUGUGGAAACACUAUUCUCGGAGCGGCCCGGCCAACUGCACGGACGCCAGUGCACCUGUGAACCUGACACAUGGGUGUGGGAGGCCGGGGUGCCAUGACGCCAGCCAGUGCAAUUGUCGAGUCUCCUCAGCAGGGCGGGGCUGGCACAGUAGGCAGGGCGUCCUGGGAGGCCACGGCCCUUCCCCGGGUCACCACACAGCACGUGACCUCCUGGAUGUUGAUGCCAUUAAAACGUGUUGCCCGGCA